UUAUUUUUCUCACUAAUUUUGAUAUUCCCUCUUUCUUUCCUUCUAGGGUUGGUCCUUUUUUAUUUUUUAUUUUUAUUUUCCGGUCUCUUUCUUCUUUUUUUGGUAAUCAAUUUACUAAUUUGAUUAGCUUGUUUUUGCUUAAAUUAGUAAUUUGGAAUUUUUGUUCACAAUCAAUUUCCAUAAAAACAGUUGUCAAUUAUUACUACUACUAUAGUAUAGUAAAUACGGAGUACCAUUUAUUUAUUUAUAAACUUGGCUUUAAGCUUUAUCAUCAACAUUUGAAAGAUCUACUUGAUUUUUGACUUGAAUAUCAUGUAAUUAAUAAUAAGCAGUGGUAGUAGAGGGAAAUGGUGAGACAAAGAAUCCAGAUCAAGAAGAUUGAUAAUGUAACUGCGAGACAAGUAACAUUUUCGAAGCGACGAAGAGGAUUAAUUAAGAAAGCUGAAGAACUUUCUACUCUUUGUGAUGCUGAAAUUGGCCUUAUUGUUUUCUCUUCCACUGGCAAACUCUUUGAAUACUCCAACUCAAGGAUGACACAAGUUCUUCAACGGCAUAUGUUACAUGCAGACAACAUCAACAGGCUAGAGGAAUCAUCACUACAGCUAGAGGCUGAGGAUAGUUUGUGUGCUAUGCUAAGCAAAGAACUUGAGGACAAGACUCGAGACAUAAGUCGUAUAAAUGGAGAUGACCUUGAUGCAUUGAGCCUCGAUGAGCUAAUGAAACUAGAAAGACAAGUUGAAAGGGGUCAAACCAAAAUUCGCCGAGCCAAGGGUGAAAAACUUCGGAAAGAGAUUGUCACCCUCAAGGGAAAGGAGAUUGAAACGGCAAAGGAAAAUCAAAUGUUGAAAGAACAGAUGAAAGAUGUGUCAAAAGAACAUUUUUCUCUGCUGCAUUUGGCUGCGGAAUCAGAUACCAGCGUACCCUCAUCAGCUCCAAUUCAAUGGCUGCCAAAAAAAGAUAAUAACUCAAUUUCAAAUACUUUUCUUACAUUGGGCCCUCCUGUACAAAGUGAAAAUUUAUGAAGUGUAUUGCAAAUUUGCAAUAAAGCGCGAGCUAUGGAGUAUAUGAAAGCAGAUUUAUGUAUACUGUAAGUCAUGGAGAGAAGGAUAAAGCUAUAUAUAUGUUGGAUGUAUUUAAAUUGUGCUGCUUGGAAUUCUUGUCAGUUUUGUAAACCCUAAUUCAGACGAUGCAGUAGUAAGUAAAUAAUGCAGGAGGCAGAAGUUGAAGGUGUUCAAGUCUUUGUAAGUGUUAUAUUCUCUUACUUUCUUUAAUUCUCUGUGCCCUAGUUCUUUGUGAAUUACCUUUGACAGAAAAAUAUGUUGAUAUAAUCUGAUUGAGAUGUGGGUAAUCCUACAGCAUUUUUGCA